AGGAGGAAACGGCGGCCGGGACCCGACUCCUUAGUCACCGGCUGCUGGCGGGAGGAAGGGGAAGAAAGGUGGCCGCCGGCUUGUAAACAAUAGCCCGGCUCGCGGCGCCCGGUGCCGCGCCGCCUUUGUUCCCGGCGCCGCCGCAGCUCCCUGCGCGCUGCCGCGGCUCGGCGGGAGGGCGCCGGCGGCUCCGCGCUGCCCCCCGGGCCGCCGCGCCGCACCAGCCGGCGCCGGGCGCAGCCCCAGGGAAGGACUUGCCCUGUCUGCUGAAGUACAGACCAGGCUGGGUGCUUCUUCUCAUGCUGAAAAUACGCUGCGCAGCUAAGCAGAGAAGGAACGUGUACCAGCACUUGAGUAUCAAAACACGUGAAACCAGCCACUUUCUUCAAGUUUGUUUUGGAGAAAGAAGCCUUCGCCUUGUGCAUAACAAGACUGGGAGGCAGAACAGAAGCAGGAGGGAAAAAUAGUGCUUUAAAGAAAUCUGAAGAUGAGUGCCCACACACAAACUGCAGAGAAAGGACAGAACACGACACUCCUGUGCCAGGAAAGCUAUGUUUGCAGUGGGACAGAUGAGGCAAUCUUUGAAUGUGACGAGUGCAGGAGCCUACAGUGCCAACGUUGUGAAGAAGAGCUGCAUCAGUCAGAAAGAUUACGGAACCACGAACGGACCCGUAUAAAACCCGGCCAUGUCCCCUACUGUGACUCCUGCAAAGGUGCCAAUGGGAACAUAAUGCACGCCAGCAUGACGGGCUCAAGGCAGAUAGCAGCAGUGAGGUGCCAGGUGUGCAAAAUCAACCUCUGCGUGGAGUGUCAGAAGAGGACACAUGCUGGGGGGAACAGAAGGAAGCACCCUGUCACUGUGUACCAUGCUGGCAAAGCCCAAGAGCAGGAAGAGGAGGAGGGAAUGGAUGAGGAGACCAAGAGAAGGAAGAUGACAGAGAAAGUUGUGAGUUUCCUCUUGGUGGAUGAAACUGAGGAAAUUCAGGUAAGGAAUGAAGAAGACUUUAUUAAGAAACUGGACUGCAGUCCUGACCAGCAUCUAAAGGUAGUGUCCAUCUUUGGGAACACGGGGGAUGGCAAGUCUCACACCCUUAAUCACACUUUCUUCUAUGGCCGGGAAGUCUUCAAGACGUCUCCAGCCCAAGAAUCUUGCACAGUUGGAGUCUGGGCAGCCUAUGACCCUGUCCGCAAAGUGGUGGUAAUUGAUACAGAGGGCCUACUGGGGGCCACCGUGAACUUGAGCCAGAGAACUCGGCUGCUGCUGAAGGUCCUGGCCAUCUCUGAUCUUGUCAUCUACCGUACUCGUGCUGACAGGCUCCACAAUGACCUCUUCAAAUUCCUUGGUGAUGCCUCGGAGGCUUAUUUAAAACAUUUCACCAAGGAGCUAAAAGCUACCACAGCCCGCUGUGGCCUAGAUGUUCCUCUGUCAACUUUGGGUCCGGGUGUCAUCAUCUUUCAUGAGACUGUGUACACCAAGCUCCUGGGCUCUGAUCAUCCUUCUGAGGUUCCUGAGAAGCUCAUUCAGGACCGGUUUCGGAAGCUAAGCUGUUUUCCUGAGGCUUUCAGCUCAAUCCACUACAAGGGAACAAGGACGUACAAUCCUCCAACAGAUUUCUCUGGACUUAGGCGAGCUGUGGAGCAGCAGCUGGAGAACAAUACCACUCGAUCGCCUAGACAGCCUGGGGUUAUCUAUAAAGCACUAAAAGCUCUAAGUGACAGGUUCAGUGGGGAAAUCCCCGAUGACCAGAUGGCUCACAGCUCUUUCUUUCCAGAUGAAUACUUCACAUGCUCUUCUGUGUGCCUCAGCUGUGGGUGUGGCUGUAAAAAGAGCAUGAACCAUGCAAAGGAAGGAGUCCCUCAUGAAUCCAAGAGUCGAUGCAGAUAUUCUCACCAAUAUGAUAACAGAGUCUACACUUGCAAGGCCUGUUACGAGCGAGGGAUGGAGGUCAGUGUGGUGCCAAAAACCUCUGCUUCCACAGACUCCCCUUGGCUGGGCCUUGCCAAGUAUGCCUGGUCAGGGUACGUGAUUGAGUGUCCCAACUGCGGGGUGGUGUACCGCAGCCGGCAGUACUGGUUUGGCAACCAAGAUCCUGUGAACACUGUGGUGAGGACAGAAAUUGAACAUGUCUGGCCAGGGACUGAUGGAUUUCUAAAAGACAACAACAAUGCAGCCCAGCGUUUGUUGGAUGGAAUGAAUUUCAUGGCACAAUCAGUAUCUGAGCUUAGCCUGGGACCUACAAAAGCUGUGACGUCCUGGUUGACAGACCAGAUUGCCCCAGCUUACUGGAGACCCAACUCUCAGAUUCUGAGUUGUAAUAAGUGCAACACACCUUUUAAAGAUAACGACACUAAACAUCACUGCCGGGCCUGUGGAGAGGGCUUCUGUGAUGGCUGUUCUUCCAAGACCCGUCCAGUGCCUGAGCGAGGCUGGGGACCAGCACCAGUGCGUGUGUGUGACAACUGCUAUGAAAACAGGGGCAUCCAGUUAGAUGUGGCUGAGCUGCCCUCAGAUGAGGAAGGGGGGACACUUAUUGCAAGGAAGGUGGGGGAAGCUGUGCAGAACACCCUUGGAGCAGUGGUGACAGCCAUGGAUAUUCCCUUAGGGCUGGUAAAAGAUGCUGCCCGACCUGCAUACUGGGUACCAGACCAUGAAAUCCUGCACUGCCACAACUGCCGGAAGGAAUUCAGUAUCAAACUCUCCAAACACCACUGUCGGGCCUGUGGCCAGGGAUUCUGUGAUGAAUGUUCACACGACCGCAGAGCGGUUCCCUCUCGUGGAUGGGAUCACCCAGUCCGAGUUUGCUUUAACUGCAAUAAAAAGCCUGGAGACCUUUAACCCCAGGCUUUUCUCCAGAUCUUUGCAAUUCCUUAUGUUCUCAGGGUUACAAAUGAAAAUAUCUGGUCUUUCACCUCUUAACCUGUUGCAGCCAGAGUGCAUGUUUCCAGUUUCUGGCCUCCUCUCAUGUUAUAUCCAUCUUGGAACGCUGGGAAUGAGCUUAUGUUCAUCCUCUAGGUUUUAAUUUCAAAUUGACUGGGGAAGGGAGGGAGCUCCCUUGUAAAUGAGCAAACCAAAAUCCAGUGUAUUUUAUUCCAAUUUUAAAAAAUAAAUAUCUAUCUAUCUAUCUAUCUAUGUAUAAUUUAGUAUAUUAAGGAUGCGGUUGGCUAAUGAAGCUUUAAGUAUUCCUAGUCCAAAUGAUGGAUGGUGUUGUUCCUUACUAUAUUGGAUCAGACAUAUGGCCUUCUGAUUUGUCUUUUGGAAUGUCUUGCUGAUCAUGAUGUCCUGUGAGGAAGGUUUGGACUCUGUGCUGCCAGGAAAUCUCCAGUGUUGAUGUAUGAAUUACACCUGGUAAUUCAACCAACCCCACAUCUGGAGGUGCCGUACUUCUGGCCGUGGAAGUGUUAACCCAGAUUCAUUAGCAAGUUUGUGUGAACUGUGAUACGAGCAGUGGUCUUGCGGUGCAAGAGGUAUCAAGUUGAAAUAGACCUGCUGGUAGAGACCAGCAGAGCUCUGAAAGUAAAGCGAAUCAUGUGGCACAAGGCAAAGCGUUCUGAUUUUGCCGUUUCAACUUCAAUACCAGAUCAAAAGGUAGCAGGGUUUUGCUCUCCCUGACAAUGUUCUCAUGUACUCAGGUUUUCUUCAAGUUUCUCUGCCAGGUUGUUGCAGUUAAAUUUUUGUCCAGAGCAGAACAAGAGAACAAGUUAUGUAGGCAAUUCUGAAAUAGGAAGUUUGAGUUGUUUGGGUUGUGAUGACUUUUCUUUAGCCCCACUUUUUAAGUGAUCCUGGAGUCUCUGGAGCCUCUGUGUUCUCAGAUGUGGUUGCACAGAUUUGACUUACUUUUUUUCUAAUAAUAUGAAUUUACAAAUCCACCUGGAAAAUGGGAACCUUUCUUCUUUGCUCCUAGCAACUGGCACUCACUGGACUUCAUUAUUUUAUUAAAGGACUGCAACGAAUUCACUGAUUUUUGUUAUCAAAAGCACCAUUUAACCUAACUAAUACUGUCUUGUACUGUGGAUUUGUGGUUCCAGUGAUAAGAAGUAAGAGCCCAUUGUGGAUUGAACUGUCUAAAAUUCUCCCUUCUUGGCUUACAUAGACAAGAACUCUCCUACCACAUGAGAAUUGUCUCCUCUUGGAGUGACUGAAGUUUGAUGCCAUGUCCUGGAACUGUGAUAUUUUUUUCCCCAGCUUAUUAAAUGUGCUCUUGUGUAGAUGACUGCCCCACACCCUGUUUCUGGGCUGUAUUAUUAAAUUAUCUGCUAUAAAAGACUAUCUUCUGAACAAGUGUACUGACUUUUUCCUUGUAAGAAGCAGUUCUGUUCUCACUUUGUCUCUGAAAGAACAUACUCACAAAGUGGUUGCCCCUUCACAGCUACAUCCAGCCUACACAUGGAACUAGACUUGCAAGAUGUUCCAGGACACCUUCGGUACUGGCUGAGUUUACUGGGGACUGUCUAAUGUUUUUGUAAGCAAAGUCUGCCAUAAAGUGACAGUUGCCCAAGGGAGGGCACAAGUAGGUAGAAAUCAUCUCUUAAAAGACAUUCUGCACAUCCAGCAUAAUUCUGUGCUUCAAAGUACUUUUAUUUUUUUAAUGGGUGAGCAACGUGUUCUUGGUGUGUAGGCUGUGCCCUGUGUGCUAUUUAUGCAUGUAGCUUUACUACCAUGUUAAUGCACAAAGAAAAAGCAGCCAUGACAUUCCUUGUAUAAAAUCUUUGGCAUCUGUUUCAACAACUUGUGUGCUUUUUUUCUUUCUUUUUUUCCUUGUCACAGACAAAAUUACUACUUGUUCAAAGAGAAAAUAUUGUAUAAACAUUUUUAGUAUACAUGCAAUCUUAGUAACUUAGCAUCCUGUCAAUAUGCAGAGUCCAUUUUUGAUUGAUUAUCCUGGAGCUGAGUCUUUUGUGCUGUUGCUCAACAAAGCAAAAUCUCAUGGGGUGCUUACACUGCAUCAGGCUUGGUGUUACUCUUUCUGGACAAUGUUGAGAGGAUCAUUUGGGUUCUGUGUUUUCCAAAAUGAAAGAAAGAUAUGUAAGGUUUAAGUUCACUGUUGUUUUCUGUACAGAAGAGCUUUUUUUAUUUUUUUCCCUGACUUUGGGUGCUGUGAGUAUGCAGAGUAUAGGUUAUGGUAACUAACUGGAUUAGCUAUUUAAAGGGGGUAGAUGCAUAUUUUAGCAGAGCCAAACACUAUUUAGUAUUAACACAUUAGGAUUCAAUUAAAAAAGUUCUAAAUGAUGUCUGUGGAUAGAAAGCUCUGCAGCAAACUUAAGUGAAGGAAAUAGAAAUCCUGAAAAAAAUUAAUAAAGCAAGUAACGUGGGAGCAUCUUGUACCUAGAGUGGGACUGUCAACCUGAAGACAAGGGUUAAUCCUAGCAGUAGAAACCUGUAAGAGUUUUAUUUCUAAAAUCUUAGGAGGGUGCAGAGGCAUUAGUAUCACCUAACCAGAGGGAGUCUUUGCAAAACCUGUAUGCAGUGAACAGCAGCUUUGCUGGACCUCUGCAAAAGCCCAAAGUGUGAGCCUUUCAUAAAGGCAGUAUGAGACAGAGCUGGUGCUCUAAUGCAACUCUUGUGUGAAAAAGUCUUGUUUCUUUACAAGGGCCAGGGAUAGGAGGGGACUUUUUUCCAGGAAAUUUCCAGAAGAUAACUGUGUUUUACCAAAGACAAAUUAAUUACUUACCAUGAGCUUACAGUCAGUCGUGAUAAUGUGUCCUUUGGAUCAACAAGUUUCCCGUAAUAUUCAUAUUUCAGUAGUUAAAAUCAGCACAGUAUCUUGAUAAGAUAAUGAAUUAAAUUGGUCUGAGACAUGGCAUGAUAAAAGGAUAUUCUGACUUACAGAAUUAUGUUGACUGUUUGAUGCAAAUCUGCUAGAAAAGUGAUGUCAGAUUGCUUACUGGCAGAUAAGCAGCUUCUGCACCUCUUCUGAUCAGGAAAUGCUAUGGAAAACAUGGAGUAAAAUAAGAAUCAUGUGGAUUAACUGAUAUGCAAACAUGUGCCCCAGUGAAAAACUAAUUCCUGACCCAGAACACCACAAAAUGAGCCUAGAUUUGUAGAGGAAAAAAACAUCUGAUGCUCUAUUCUGAUGGAUUUAUUUCUAUUGUGGGUACCUAUGCCAACUCAACAUAAAAAUUAAUCUUCAGAUAGUUUAUGUGGGUUUUCCUCUCCUUCUGUGAAGGAGGUAUGUGUAAGUUUCAUAUAGAGGUGCACACCUGCCUUACACAAAAUCUUUAGGCCAAACUUGGCUUAAGUGUUUACCAGGUGCAAAUUGCACCUGAGUCUUGCAGCAAGGGAAACAGAUGGCAGAACAGCAUGGCUGUAGCAUGUAGCUAUUGCCAGGGUAGCAGCAGGCUGGAAUGUGUGGCUAAUUCCUUAUGAAAAAAUACUUUGUCUUUCACUUCCCUGCCCCUCACCCCUUCAUUGGUUUUCCUCCUCAUUCAUUCUCCUGCACAGUUCCUCACAGGGGAAGUUGCACCUGCUGAAGUUGGCCAAGGUAUCCCACAUAUUCCUCUCUGUGUCACUUGUGAAUUGUGCCUUUAGUUGUGUUCUGGAAGACAUAACAAUUCUUGUGAGCUUUUGAUGUCAACAAGAGCUUAUUGUUGAAAUAAACUCCGUCAUUACGUUA